AUGACAACUACUAUGGCAGACGACUCCGGACUAGGUGCGUUCUUGAAAAUGUAUCAAGUCCACUGUCAGAUGCUGGGAAUCAUGACAACUACUAUGGCAGACGACUUCGGACUGCAAGUCCACUGUCAGAUGCUAGGAAUCAUGACAACUACUAUGGCAGACGACUUCGGACUAGACAUCACACGAGACAGCAGCCUGUCAGAGGACGAGGGCUAUUGUUUCGGAUCAGAGCCACCCUACAGUCAUCAUCCGGUCCAGGCGAGGCAGACAAGCGGAUUGCAGACUGCUCCACAUGAUGUCUACCGCAUUCGAACUUGGCGAGGAAUAUCCGCCGACCGUGGCGCCUAUUCUCAGCCUCGUCAGCCCUACCCUCCCUACCAAUACCAGCAGUACCCUCAGCUCUACUACGGUCCCGGAGCAACUGCCACCUACGAGCAUAGGGGUCCACGGCCGCCAGCCGCAGAGGGACCAGAAGCUCGGUUGCCAGCAGAUGCCCUCGGAUACGGCCAGUGGAGACCGAGUGAAAGGGCUCCAGGACAGAGGUCUACGUCGAGUCAAGCCCAGACAAGCUGGAUGCGGCCGUUGCCACCCACUCAUGGGUCCGGGUACCGGGGGCCAGUUAAGCUGGGCCAGGCACGACAGCCAUUUGGAGGUAAUCCGCCUUUUAUGCAUUCUGCUUUCUCUUUUGUGUACUCUCUUCGCCCAUAA